AACAGCUAUCAUUGAUCACACCACUCAUUGAAGAAAACUCUGCAUGCAUACAAAGAGCCAUUUCAAAAGUUUGCCAUUCAUAUCUGUGAAGCCUUUACAUCUUUUGCAUAUCCUAAUAUAGGAUCUAUGGACUGAUUAUGAACUCUUUUUUAAAUCUUAUUAUUUAUUGUGUUUUUUCAACAAAUACAUACAUAGUAUCAUCAUAUAUUUCUCUAAGGAGUAAGAUCUAGUAUUUUGAUUAUGAACUCUUAAGAACUGUACAGAGUCUGCUGCAUUAACUGAAUACAAGUGACUGUUGAAUAUUUCUUCAUAUGCUUAUCCACAGCCAUGAUGUCUCUCUGAUUGGACUUUCCUUUAUAAUGAACCGAUGGACUGAUAUUUAAAUGAGUUAAUUAGGAAAUGAUGAACAAAGAAAGCAGAAGUGGAGACCCAGGGAGCAGUUGUAUGUGGCACGGAGGAGACAGAACAACACUGAGAAGGAACCAGUCAACUGGGCAGAAAGAUAUUCCAAUCCAUUGGCACAAGAUGGACAGAGGAAAUUGCCAAGGCCAUCUUGAUACUGAUGAUGAUACAUAUGCAAACAUGGAAACCAUUAAGUCUGAAAUGAAGCAGAUGGAGAUUUCUGAAAAAUCAAAAGAAGAAGAACUUUCACCAAAAUUUCUGAAGGCAAGUGAAAUUUUGAGGGCACAGAGGAGACUACUGGUGGUUUUGGUGACCCUGUUGAUACUUGCGUUCAUUUUCCUGAUAAGCCUUGCAAGCCUGGUGUUCACAUACUAUUCCGCCGUUUCUUCUGAAAUAAGGCAGCUGAAAACCCAAGAGUCUUCCCUUUCUUCUGAACUAAGCAAGUUGCAAAGCCAAGUUUCAGAUUCCUCUAUUUCUAAUGAAAUAAGCAUGCUGAAAAUUCAAGGUUCCUCAAUUUCUGAUGAAAUAAACAAACUAAAAGACAAAGAUUCCACAAUGUCUGGUGAAAUAAACCAGCUAAAAAGCCAAGAUUCCACAAUGUCUGGUGAAAUAAACCAGCUAAAAAGCCAAGAUUCCACAAUGUCUGGUGAAAUAAACCAGCUAAAAAGCCAAGAUUCCUCUAUUUAUGGUGAAAUAAACAAACUAAAAAGCCAAGAGACCUGCUGUGGCACAUGCCCGAGUGGCUGGAAAAAGAUUGGUACCACCUGUUAUUACGUCUCAACAGAGACUGCCACCUGGGAAAACGCUCUAAAUGCCUGCAAAGAUUUACAGGCUCUGCUUCUGAUCCCUAGGGAUAUGACAGAAAUGGCCUGUGUGAAUAGACUUGCUGGUCGAAAUUCAAGACACUGGAUUGGGCUGAAAAGAGAAUCCAGUAACACAUGGAGGUGGCUGGAUGGGACUCAAAUGACCUUUAGCAACUGGUCCAGCGGUGAGCCAAAUAAUGAUAGCGGUAAGGAGAACUGUGUGGAGACUAUGGAUGGACCCUGGAACGACAAUAAUUGUGACAUCAAAUUGCAUUAUAUCUGUAAGAGAACCUUGAGCUGCUGAGACAGACAUGGUAUUUAGCUUCAACAUUGUAUAAAGCCUGAAGUGUCAGGUAACCAUGGUUUUUAGAAAUGACAAUAAAGCUCCAAAGAGAUUUUUCCUAAAUGUUCAUUUACAAACGUAUUUGUAUAUCAAUUCAUAGUUAAUCCAUGUGAAAAUACAAAAAAGCUGAUUGAGCAAUGCUCAUUUAAGUUUCUACUGAGAAGGUGAAUAAAUAAAAGUAUCUAAAAAAAAAUGUAAUUUUCAUUAGACAGACACAAAGGAAAAUACAGACUGGAGGUAUACUUGCCUAUUAAUGGCGUCCAAGAAGAUUCAGAUACGUCAAAGAUAGUUACAUAAAGUUAUCUAACCUUAUAACAUUGCACUUGGAUAGGAGUAAUGGCUAUGUGUUUGGGCAGGAUGAUGACUCAUAUAAUGCAAUAAUGUAUUAUUACUCACAUUCUUAUAAUGUUUAACAGAAUAAAAACUUACCCUGUGUGUCA